AUGGAGGUCGCGCUGCCCAAGGACCUGGCGCAGGACGUGGGCGUGGCCAAGAGGAGGCACGCGGAGCUGUGCCGGCAGAAAGGGCUCUUCAAUGCCAGGAGCAGGCUCAUCGGGGGAGACUCAGAGGCCUGGGAUGUCCAGCUUCGUGACCAGAAGAUAAAAGAAGCGACAGAAAAAGCUCGGCAGGAAACCUUCGCUGCUGAAAUGAGGCAAAAUGAUAAAAUCAUGUGUAUACUGGAAAACCGGGAGAGGAGAGAUAGGAGGAAUCUCUGUCGAGCUAUCAACAACUUCCAGCAGAGUUCUCAGCUGCCAGAAUCACGCCGUGAAUUUGACCUGUCUGACCCACUGGCCUUGAGGAAGGAUCUCCCAGCCCGGCUGUCAGACAAUGAUGCGCGCAAUUCAAUAUCAGGGAUGCAGAAGUUCCUGGGCGAGGAUCUCAACUACCACACACGGAAGAAACUCCAAGAAGAACAAAACCGAGAGUGGUCCUUGCAACAACAGAGGGAGUGGAAGAAUGCUCGUGCUGACCACAAUUCUGCAGAGGCCCGGCACACGCACACUCGCCUGCAGCUGGACAACACAGCUCAGCACCUGCAGAUGCUGGAGGGCGGCACCAGGAAGGCGUUGUGCGCAAUGGUGAAGGAGUUCAACAGGAACCAGGCUCUGGAAUCAGCAGCCAGGAGAAAGCGCGAGAAACAACAAGAACAAGAGGACAAUCUGGCUGAGAUCACCAACCUGCUGCGCGGGGAUCUGCUCUCGGAGAACCCUCGGCAGGCGGCCAGCUCCUUCGGACCCCACCGCGUGGUCCCUGACCGCUGGAAGGGCAUGACCCAGGAGCAGUUGGCGCAGAUCCGCCUGGCCCAGAAGCAGCAAAUCCAGGAGAAGCUGAGGCUCCAGGAAGAGGAGCGGCAGCGGAACAUGGACUGGGACCGGCAGCGCGUGCAGAAGGCUCGGGCCACCCUGCUGCAGGAGAGGCAACAGCGGAGGCAGCUCCGCGAGCUCCAUAGGGCGCUGGACAGCAGCAACCGCGGCUUGGCCGGCGAGCAGCAGCUGCAGAAAAAGGAGAUGAACGAAGUCUUUACAAAUUACCCCACCGGGAACUAUUUCUCACAAUUCAACACCAGGAGUCGGUAA